AUGGAAUUUAAAGGCGCAGGUUGCGAUUUCCUGAAGAGCAAAUACAACCUUGUGAAAUAUGACUCAGAACUGGAGAGGAAUUACAGUGAGGCCGAGGUCAGCUUUAGCACGAAAUCAGAUUGUAUGUUCAGAUUGUAGUCACUGUGACGGAUUAUAUUACAUCUAUAUCUGUCCUUUAUGAUAGGGAUGAAUUAGGGUUAUUUGGACGCAAAAAAACGUUGAGUAUUUUAUUUGUACAUAUCAGGUUGUUGUCAGAGAAGAGAAAUCAGAGGGUACCGAAGACGCUCAACUUCAUUCUUACACUGCAAACCAAACAGAAAAAGUGCAAGCUAAGGACCUUUCAAGUACCAUACCCAAGUUGGAGAUCGACCCGGCUUCACCUCCAGAGGACUUCACAGAAAUUCUCAUCCAGCAUUUGAAAGGAUUAACCUUGCAAAAAGCGAAAACAAUGGAGCAACAUAUAACCCUGGAUCUGUGGGACUUUGCCGGGCAGCAUUUAUAUUAUGCCUCAUAUCCUGUGUUUUUGUCCAAAAGAGCGGUAUAUUUAUUGGUCUACAAUUUGAGCAAAUCGUUAACGAUGGAAGCUCAGCCAUCGGUUAGGCAAAACAAUUGCGAAACACCUCUAAGAAAUCCAAGUUCCGAGACGAAUCUGGACAACUUGUUAUCGUGGCUUAUUUCAGUUAGCACUAUGUGUUCAGGAAAACAGAAAACUAGUGCAAACAAAGAGAGCAAGCUCAGGUAUCUCCGUCCUCCAGUGCUCAUCGUUGGAACACACGCCGACGAUCCAUGUGACAACAUCAAGGACAUAGAAUCGCAGAUCCAGAGAGCUAUCCUUGGAAAGAGUUUUUGUGGUCACGUGAUUCGUCCUUUCUUUUCAAUUUCCAACAUGCCGGGUUCAGAUGGAAAGCAAAUAAACGCUCUUCAGGACAAAUUAAUCGAAGUUUUACAGCAAGAGCCGUACAUGGGGGAGGAGGUGCCACUUCGGUAAGUUUCAGAAGACUUACUUUAUUUGAGUUGCAAUUAAAGGGGAACUCUGAGGACGAUAUAUUCAAACCGAAAGGUGUAUUUUUCAACAGAGAAAACCGCAUUUUCCUGUUUUUGCUGCGAGCGCCAAUCUUUGGAUCUGCUAUGGCAGCCGUGCGCCACUGACUUCUCUAGUCUAAUCGUAUUUUGACGUCACCUGCGAUCUAUUACUGGGCAAAAAAAAAAACAAUUGUAAUCUGAAUUUCCAACAGACAGUGAACCAAAAUGACGCUGUGGUGGUGGUGAUGGCGCGAAUCUAAUCGUCCCUCCAUAGGCGCGCGAUUUUCCGACGACGCAUUAGCCCUCCGUAAUUUACAUCGUCAUUACUUUGAAAUUCUUCAUAUUACAGAAACCAAGGAUGGAAUCCCCUUGUUAGGAGACUAAGAAAAGAAUAUGGAUUGAAAGAGGCGUGUACAGUCACCUCGAUAUAACGAAGGGCCAAGGGACCGGCAAAAAUUUGUUCGCUAUAACGAGGUUUCGUUAUCUCCAGGUUCUUCUUGUUAUAUUUUACUAUUACUGGGGCAAAGAAAAUCGUUCGUUAUACCGAGGACUGCGUUAUAUAAAGGUACUUUUCCAUAUAUUUUACAACUACCAGGGCAAAGAAAACUGUUCGUUAUACCAAGGACUUCGUUAUAUAGAAGUUCGUUUUAUCGAGGUUCCACAGUACAUAUUAAAACUAUUGAGUAUCCAGACGUUUCGGGACUACUGUCCCUUCAUCAGUGGAAGAUGCCGUUACACUGGACGCGCGUCAUUUUAUUCAAAUGUGGCAACAUUUGAAGCGCGCGCUGGAAGAGUUCGCUCAAAUAAAAUUGAAGUCAAUGUUUAUGCCGCGCGGCUGUAGAGUUUUGCAUUUAAAAAUUAGGCGGCCCUCCGCUCUACGUCUAUCCCUGGUGUUGUGAAGACCCACUCGAACAACAGCUACCAUCAUAUCAUCAGUUGUGUGAUCGGGGAAGGAAAAAUGUUUCGCAACGAGUAGGUCAGCUUUCUUUGAGACAGAUCUGAGGUGUUCGCAGAACCUGUCCCCAAGCCUACGUCCGAUUUCGCCAACGUACGACAGAGUGCAUGCCUGCCAAGUUAAGAUAUACACGAGGUUACUUGUCGUGCAUGAGAACCUCUUCCGUAUGGUCAGAGAUCCACCGGUGGUGUUGAUCUGGGAGGCUGGGUUCCAUUUGGUUCAUCCUCAGUGUUUGCGCCGGAUUGAAGGUUGCUGCUGACCAAGGAAUCACGCAGGUUGGUGUCGCGGCGGUACGCGCCGAGUACUCGCGAGUUAUCAAACAGUUCCUUAGUUUCAGGGUCAGACUUUAAAAGGUCGAAGUUUCUUGAUAGGAUGUUCUUUACAUGGUGGUUGAUGGGGUUGUAUGUUAAGAUUAAGGGGAUGACUUCUCUGUUGGAUUGUCCGUCGUUAGGUGGUCGUAAGGCUGUAUCUCGGGGGAUGGUGUCAACGUGUUGAAGGGCUCUAUCUACAACUGCUAGUGGAUAAUCACGUUGCAGGAAGAAUGAUGCCAUUUCUUUGCUUUUGGUCUUGUAGUCGUUCUCAUCACUGCAUAAUCGUUUGAGGCGCAGAAACUGGCUGUAGGGGACCGAGUUCUUGCAUCGGACGGGAUGUGACGAAGUGUAUGUGAGAUAUGAGUGUGAGUCGGUUUCUUUGCAAUGGAUGGAAGUAGUUAGUCCUUUUCCCUGCCGUCGUCCACGAUGCAAGACCUGUGCCCAUACCAACCCAGCCUCCCAGAUCAACACCACCGGUGGACCUCUGACCAUACGGCAGAGGUUCUCAUGCACGACAAGUAACCUCGUGUAUAUCAUUACUUGUCGGGCAUGCACUCUGUCGUACGUUGGCGAAACCGGACGUAGGCUUGGGGACAGGUUCUGCCAACACCUCAGAUCUGUCUCAAAGAAAGCUGACCUACUCGUUGCGAAACAUUUUUCCUCCCCCGGUCACACAACUGAUGAUUUGAUGGUAGCUGUUGUUCGAGCGGGUCUUCACAACACCAGGGAUAGACGUAGAGCGGAGGGCCGCCUAAUUUUUAAAUGCAAAACUCUACAGCCGCGCAGCAUAAACAUUGACUUCAACUUUAUUUGAGCGAACUCUUCCAGCGCGCGCUUCAAAUGUUGCCACAUUUGAAUAAAAUGACGCGCGUUCAGUGUAACGGCAUCUUCCACUGAUGAAGGGACAGUAGUCCCGAAGCGUUUGGAUUUUCAAACAUUUUAGCGCUAAGAACACAAAGACAAAUUUUAACUGUAAUCAACUAAUCAGCGCUACAUAGUUCCUAACCAUGUUUUAUUAAAACUAUUGUUUGGUAUUAUUCCACCAGAAAACAUGUAACAUUUCUUGGAAACUCUGCCAGUAACUAUACAAUUCUUUUGUAUUAAUUCCGUUAAUAUCGCAGGUGGUUUAAUUUUGAAAAGGUCGUAGAAGGCUUGGUUGCUGCGAAAAUAUACUUCCUGGCGCUGAAAGAUCUACGAACUGUAGUUCGUGAAGUUUGCUUUAUUGAAGACGAAAAGGAGAUGGACACCAUGUUGGAUUUCUAUCAUGACCUGGGCAUGAUUGUCAAACACCGGAACACAGUUAUACUGCAGUCCCAAUGGCUCAUUCAGAUUUUCAGGCAACUAAUAACCAUUCGCCCUUUCAAUGAAAUGGUAAUUUAAACGUAAGACCCUUGUGAUAAAUGCUCAUUUCGCAGAAGUUAGUUCACAUUUUCAGACGUUUUUAUUGACAUCAGGAAAACAAUUCCAUGAUAACAGGAUUUGAAUCAAAUUUGGAUAUUACAUUUAGUAUGGCAACCUUCUCACAUUCCCGCGUGAUUUUUACCGUUAGUUCUAUCCAGUCUGACUGACUGAUUUUGACACCCUUGCAACACGGCGAAAAUUCGCACAACUUAUCCAACAUGACGGUCAACUUGGAAUGUUGACCAAUUUUCCAUGUAAUAUGUACCCUACGAGCAGGUUUCUCUCUUGCAUAGCUUUUAGCAGUUACGAAGUGGUUCGUCUCUUGUAAGUCUCAUGGUUGAUUUGUUUUAUACGCCCAAGCCAACAACGCGACAAACAAGCGACGCCAACGACUUCUUAAACACUAAAAGCCACGCAAGAGAGAAACCCCUGCUCGCAGGGCAUGUUAUAUGUCGUUGUUAUAGACAGCCAUUAUCUUAAACAUUUUCGGGAACACUAUUAACCCAGGAGCCCAUAGGCUCCUAAUUAACCCUAUUCAGACCGGGAGAGGGCUUUUCUCCUUUCGAAAAAGUUGAAUAACUUCAAAGACGUUUAAGCACCAAACUUCGCGACGUUUUCUAAAAAUUAUCUGAGAACAUUUUACAGUUGUCGUGACGUGUACGUAAAAUUGAUGUUGCCACAGCAACCGAAUUUUUACAGUCAGCCAUGUUUUUCAAAAUUUGCUUUUUUUUCCUCUAAAAAAGGAUGUAUUUCUAUUUUUUCUUACUAAAAAAAUUGAUGGAAUUUGGAUUUUUUCAAUAAAUUCAACAAUAUGACGUGACAUCGUGUCAGCCCAGUUAUGCCUAAAUUUUGGAAAAAAUGAGUAAAAUACUUUGUGCAAUUUUGGUGGCCGUAUCAUGAGCAGUUUUGAAGUCACAAAGGGGGGCUCCAGGAACCUCUCCCCUCCCAACCCCCCCAACGGUCGCAGCAAGCCAAAAAAAGCCCGGUGAAGGGUUAACAAGACCAAAAUAUGCACAUACCAUACUACCAACUCCGGGGUAUGGCCAGUACCUUACGCAUGCGCACAGUCAUAUUACCCUGGCAGUGGCACCCAUGGACAGCUGUUUCGUCUCGUUGUUAGGACUGAUCAGCAUGGCAUAGUGGCUGUGUGCAGGCGUGUGCUUCAGUGCACAUUUUGGUCUAGGGUUAACACAUCUUUUCUGUCAAUAAUUACUAUGGAAUACAUACUUUUUCACAGGAGCCCAGGCAUUCCCAACUAUGGGACGAAAUGGAGACUACAGGAAUCCUCAGCAUGGACCUUGUUGAUCAUGUGUUUUCCGAAUUCUGUCAGCAAGGUAUGGCCAAAGAAGAUAUAUUAAACCUGAUGGAACAAUUUGGCUUGAUCGCAAAGUUUGCAUCCUCUCCAGAUGACGUGAAGUACUUUGUACCUGCCCAACUGAGUUCGCCACCUGGACGUCUUUGUAAGGUUGAACCAUCCCUGUCCGAUCCUUGCCCGUUGUACCUUCAGUUUCCAGCAGGAUUUGUUCCUCACGGUCUUUUUUCUCAACUUAUCUCCCGCUGUACCCGUUGGUGUUCUGAAAUUGAAUUCAAGCAGCCACCCAACUUCUUUGAAGGGGCAGCCCGGUUCCGACUGCUCUCAAAACAAUUGACCCAUCAGCUGAUCAUUGUUUUGAAGAAAAGAUUCAUCAAAUUUGUUUUCCUUAAUUCUAAAAGAAGUGGGGGCCGCGCAGCGCCUCUGGCCGAAAUUGAAGAAAUAGCAGGUCUUGUGUGGAGAUUUCUGAAUGAGACAAUAGUGACAUUGGGGGAGGAUUUGCCCUACUUGACUAGUUUGAAGUAUCACUGGUGUGUCGCAUGUACAUGUAACAGGAAUGAAGACAUGUGUGAUAACCAAGAACAAGUGUCCUGCACCCAUGAUGACCGUCUGUGCCUUCGUAAAAUUCUGCAAGAGGGGCAACUAGAUGACUGCCCAAAGAGCAUCGGUGAUGAAGAAUCGAAUGUUCCCGGGCUGAAAAAAUGGUUUCCAAUCAAAGGUGAGGAAAGUUACCCUUUGAUGUCUACUAGAAACUACUAGCACCUAAUAGUAGAUAGAAGUCGAACCUCUUCUGAUCAGUCUGAUGGAAGAUCAGUCCACUCUAGCCCAAGCCUAGAGUUACCCCUUGCAUAAUGUUCCGAUCAGUAGCAUGUUAACAGAGAAAAGUGAAGAGAUAAUGUCAAGCAAAGGGUACAAAGCGAUGGCCAUGCCAGAGAAUUGACUCAGGUAUCCAGAACUAAAUUCAACCACCAGGAAGCCCGCCCUAAGUAUUUUAUUUUAAGUAUUAAUUUUCCACGAAUCUUCUUCUUUAUGUAGCUGUUCGUCCUGGUAAUCACCCUGGAACAGAGUCUGUCUACAAAAUGACUGCUCUUCCAAGAGGGAUUGCACUGAUCAUUAAUAACAAGCUGUUUGUAGAUAAUCCUGAACAUGGCAGACAACCACCACGCCACGGCUCAGAGGAAGAUGUCCAUCAACUUAAGGAAUUGUUCGGCGCUCUGGAAUUUGAAGUACACAUUAGUGAGAAUCGUACCAAAAGAGAGAUGUUAAACGAAGUAGAUUUUUUUGCAUACGAAAAGGACCACAGUGACUACGAUUGUUUUGUGCUCUGGCUCAUGAGUCAUGGAAGGAGUGGCGAAGUGUUUGGCUCUGAUGGUUUUCCGUUGCCAAUCGAGACAAUAAAAGACAUGCUAUCCAACGCCAGCUGUGCAACACUAAGGGGAAAACCAAAGCUCCUUUUUGUCCAAGCAUGCAGAGGGGAUAAAGAAGACGAAGGGGUUAACGUCGUGACUAAUGCGUGUGGUUCGCCCUCUGUUCAAAUGCCUUUCCCCUGUCCUGAUUCGCCGAUUGAUCCAACGAAAAGUCCCUCUUCGGAGAGGAUCGCUGGGCAAACAGAUUUUUUGACUGCUUAUUCAACAGUUGAGGGAUACGUGUCUUACAGAUAUCCCGGCAUAGGAAGCAAUUUCGUUCGUGCUGUAGUGAACGUUUUCCGGGAAUAUGUUGCUCACGACCACCUCGUUAACCUCCUGACCAAAGUAAUCAAAAGAGUCAGCGAAAUGGAAUUAGCAGAAUUUAAACAAGCACCUCAAUUUGAAACCACCCUUGUUAAAGAACUUUGGUUUUAA